GGAGGAGAAGGGAGGGGCGUUGAACGGUGGAGGCUGGUUCUGCGCCGGAUCCGGGAGAGGGGCGGGCGCCAUUGUGCUUCGCUGCCGACUGCUCUGCCUCAGGUGGAGGCCCAGAACUCCGCGGAGGAAGGAAACCUUAAGAAUGGAAUCUAAAUCUUCAAGGAUUCCAAGAAGAAUUUCUGUUCAGCCCUCCAGCUCUUUAAGUGCAAGGAUGAUGUCUGGAAGCAGAGGAAGUAGUUUGAAUGAUACCUGUCACUCAAGAGACUCUUCAUUUAGACUGGAUUCUGAAUAUCAGUCUAUGUCAGCGUCAGCAUCUGCAUCACCAUUUCAGUCUCCAUGGUAUAGUGAAUCAGAGAUAACUCAGGGAGCACGCUCAAGAUCACAAAACCAGCAACGGGAUCAUGAUUCAAAGAGACCUAAACUUUCCUGUACUAACUGUACAUCUACCUCAGCUGGGAGAAAUGUUGGACAUGGCUUAAAUGCAGUGUCAGAUUCUUCUUGGAGGCAUAGUCCAGUUCACAGAUCUUCAUCAGUGGUACUUGGAUCAUUUGGAACUGACUUAAUGAGAGAGAGGAGAGAUUUAGAGAGGAGAGCAGAUUCUUCCAUUAGUAAUCUUAUGGAUUGUAGUCACAGAAGUGGUGAUUUCACAGCUUCGUCAUAUGUUCAAGACAGAGCUCCUUCUUCAUAUUCACAGGGAGCAAGACCAAAAGAGAACUCAGUGAGCUCUUUACAAUUGAAUACAUCAUCCACAAAUCACCAAAUGCCUUCUGAACAUCAGACCAUACCAUGUUCUAGAGACUCUAGUAGAAAUUCUUUAAGAUCACAUUUUUCUUCAAGAGAAUUGGAAUCUCCCCCAAAUAGUACACAGCCUGGAUUUUCUUAUAUUUCAAAUAGAGAUGGAACCUCAGCCAAAAGCAGUUCAGGUAGGGUUGGUUCAUCUCAAAGAUCAUUUCAAGAAUCUUCCGACAAUGAAGGUAGACGUACAACCAGGAGAUUGCUGUCACGUAUAGCUUCUAGUAUGUCAUCUACUUUUUUUUCACGAAGAUCAAGUCAGGAUUCCUUGAAUACAAGAUCAUUGAGUUCUGAAAAUUCUUACAUUUCUCCAAGAAUCUUGACAGCUUCACAGUCUCGUAGUAAUGCAGCAUCAACUUCUGAUGUUCCUGAUAAUAGGGCAUCUGAAGCUUCUCAGGGAUUUCGAUUUCUUAGGCGAAGAUGGGGUUUGUCAUCUCUUAACCAAAAUCAUAGCUCUGAGCCAGAUUCAGAAAAUUUUAACCAGGAAUCUGAAGGUAGACAUUCAGGACCGUGGUUAUCUUCCUCAUUUAGAAAUAGGUGCACACCUUUGUUCUCUAGGAGGAGGCGAGAGGGACGAGAUGAAUCUUCAAGAACACCUACCUCUGAUAUACCAUCUAGAUCUCAUCAUACUUUUAGAAGAGAAUCAAAUGAAGUGGUUCACCUUGAAGCAGAGAGCGAUCCCCUUGGGGCUGCUGCUAACAGACCACAGGCAUCUGCAGCAUCAAGCAGUGCUGCUGCAGGCGGCUCCACCCCAGGGUCGGCUCAUGGUGGAAGAAACACAGGAAGAGCAGGGAUCCUUCCGGGUUCUUUAUUCCGAUUCGCAGUCCCCCCAGCACUUGGAAAUAAUUUGACUGACAAUGUCAUGAUCACUGUAGAUAUUAUUCCUUCAGGUUGGAAUUCAUCUGAUGGAAAAAGUGAUAAAACUAAAAGUGCAUCUUCAAGAGACCCAGAAAGACUGCAGAAAAUAAAAGAGAGCCUCCUUUUAGAGGACUCUGAAGAAGAAGAAGGUGACCUAUGUAGAAUUUGUCAGAUGGCAGCUGCAUCAUCAUCUAUGAACGACUAUCUCGGAUGCAAAUGCACAGGAAGUUUGCAGUAUGUCCACCAAGAAUGUAUGAAAAAGUGGUUACAGGCCAAAAUUAACUCUGGUUCUUCGUUAGAGGCUGUAACCACCUGUGAACUCUGUAAAGAGAAAUUGCAGCUUAACCUGGAGGAUUUUGAUAUUCAUGAACUACAUAGAGCUCAUGCAAAUGAACAAGCUGAGUAUGAGUUUAUCAGCUCUGGUCUCUACCUAGUUGUGUUACUGCACUUGUGUGAGCAAAGCUUUUCUGAUAUGAUGGGAAAUACAAAUGAACCCAGCACACGUGUCCGAUUUAUUAACCUUGCAAGAACUCUUCAGGCACAUAUGGAAGAUCUCGAAACUUCAGAGGAUGAUUCUGAAGAAGAUGGAGACCAUAACAGAGAAUUUGAUAUUGCCUAACUUCAUAUAAAACAAAUGGAUGGUCUGUGAACAACUGUGUUUAUUACAACUGGCAAUUGAGUAUUAAUUUUGAGGGGGAAUGCCUGUUGAAUAUAUUGACUAUAUGUGUGUGUAUAUACAUAUAUAAUGAAUAUAUAUAUGCAUAUGUAUGCAUGUAUAUAUAUAUUCAUUCUCAAGUGUUGCUGAAUUAAAAUUCUGCUGGACCUUUAACAUGGUCAUAUAAGUUGGUAAUCAAAAGUAUUUUUCUGGUAGGUGAAUGGGAAAGUGUUAACUUUGUUUUACAUAUCUAAGCAGUGCUGACAGCCUGUUUUGUGUUCUUAUUACUGUAGUCAUAUUUAUGAAAAGAAGUUCAUGUUUUAGUCUCUUGGUAGUGAAAAAAAGUGGGACAAAAUAUACUUUCAAAAUAAAAUGCCAGAUGGCACCUGAUUACUUUAACUUUUAAGAUGCCUUAAGUUGCAGUCUUCAUAUUAUCAUAAUCAUUUUCUUCCACUUAUUUUAAAAAAGAAAAAAGAAUGGGAAGUAAGUUCUGAAGAGCAUUAUAUUAGAUUUCCAACUUUAAUUUGAAUUCUAAAUUGACUUAGCAAUAAAAUCUUGUUUUUAAAAAAGUAUAGAACUGUAAAAGGUAUAAGUGAUGGAUAAAUUUUUGUAUUGAUUGGAAAGUGCAAAUUAUAUUUGAUAGUCCAUAGUAUGUAGAUAUUCCUCUUAGGAAUACUACAGCUGUAAAUUAUAUCAGAAUUGUCAGUUAAUGCUAUUUGGUAAAAGAAAAAGAAGGGGAAAAAUGUGUUACAAUCUUAAAAAUUUAUGGAGUAUUUUUAAAUCCCACCUUAUGUUCAGAGUUUAAAGUGCUGGUUUUCAACGUGUUUUUUUAGUGUUGUC